GCGCGUAUCGUUCAGUCUGAAGGUAUCAGUGAUUACCACGGCAACGUAAGGUCGAGGCUACUAAAUAAACUGUUCCAACGAACUCGAGCGAGAUUUUGGCAAGUGACGCGUGCGCGCGCGCACGUGCAAGAUACGCUCGCGGAAGAUACGAGAUAUUAGUUAAAUUAAUGAUUAAUGUACAUUUAUGAAGACCGGUGAAUACUGUGUUUAUUUUCAUUGUGUAGAAGAUGUUCAAACACCUAUCUUGGUUAGUAGCGGCCGUGGCCGUAGGCUACGCGGUCUUCUUGGCUUACUCCCUGCACAGAGUACCUGAAAUGCCACAACUGGACCCGAAUCGGUGGUGGGGCAAAGAACCACAGCCAAAAGAAGUAGACACCAGCAUUCGGCCGUUCAAAAUUGAGUUUGAAGACACGAUGAUCGCUGAUCUAAAGCAGAGGAUAAAAAACAGACGCCCCCUAACACCACCCCUAGAUGGCAUCAAUUCUGAGUAUGGCAUGAAUACCGCAUAUCUAGAGAAGUUAUUAUCGUACUGGGCAGAAAAGUACGAUUUUAAAAAGCGAGCGGAACUGCUGAACCGAUUCCCACAUUACAAGACUAAGGUUCAGGGUCUAGAUAUCCAUUUCAUACGAGUAAAGCCUACAGUGAAGAAUGUGAAAGUAUUACCGUUGCUUAUGCUGCAUGGUUGGCCCAGCUCCUCGAAGGAGUUUGAUAAAGUUAUUCCGAUUUUAACGACUUCUAGAGAUGGAUAUGAUUUUGUGUUCGAAGUGAUUGCUGCUGAUUUACCUGGAUUUGGGUUUUCUGAGGGUACGAACAAGCCGGGUCUAAAUCCAGUACACAUAGGCAUAAUAAUGAAGAAUCUGAUGAAACGGCUGGGAAUCAAUAAAUUCUACAUACAAGCAGGCGAUUGGGGCUCCCAGGUCGCCACUCAUAUGGCUACCAUUUACCCCGAUGACGUGUUAGGACUCCAUACAAACAUGCCGCUAUCGUCGAUGUCUCUAAGCAGUGUGAAGCUCCUACUAGGCUCGCUUGCACCCAGUUUGCUUGGAGACCAUUCGCAUCGUAUAUAUCCCUUGAAGAAUCUGUUCCGAUACCUUGUACGAGAGAGUGGCUACUUCCACAUCCAGUCGACUAAACCUGAUACGGUUGGUGUCGGCUUAACAGACUCGCCAUCCGGCCUGGCCGCUUACAUUAUGGAAAAAAUGGCUAUAUGCAGUAACCGGGACCAAUUACACACACCCCAUGGAGGCUUGGAAAACUUGGAACUGGAUGACGUACUGGAUACUGUGACCAUACAAUGGGUGAAUAACUGCAUUGUCACCUCUAUGAGGUUAUACGCGGAAGGUUAUUCGACGACUGCACCUGAAGUCUAUGCAUUGCAUGGAAUACCCACGAGAGUGCCAACAGCUGCCAUAAAGUUCCUAUAUGAAGUAAUGUACCAUCCCGAUUGGGUUCUCCGGGACAAAUUCCCCAACCUAGUGCGGUCCACAACCCUGGAUUUCGGAGGGCACUUUGCCGCCUUACAAACGCCAAAAGUAUUUGCUGACGACGUUUUCGCGGCGGGUGCUGAAUUCCUAAAGUUUCACGAGGCUAAGAAAUAGGUUUAUUUAAAAAGAGGGCAAUAAAUCGAGUAAAGCUAUUAGGUACAAAAACUGUAGCAAUGUGGACCUGUUUUCACUGUCCUCUGCUGUGCAAUUUUUGAGUUAAAAUGUACCAAUGGAUUUAAUAAUGUUGAAAUUAGUGCAUUUAUACUUGUACAGUUACCGCAGACGAAAACAUUGUUUAGUGUGAAUAUGUGUAUAUGUGUUUUUUCUUGUUCUUGUAAUCAAUAAGUAUUAAUUAGUUUCGUGUGAUGAGAGAAUCAACUACAGCGUACGUUAAGAUUUCGUAUUUUUCAACAUAAAUUGCAUUUGAAUUCUUUGUAGUGUACUAUUUUUUUUACGCAUUUAAAACUAGUUAUAAGAUAUAGGAAAUUCAGCGCCUAUUAUAAAACCCAUAUUUUGUACGUUUUGAUUACCAAAUAGACUGAUUUUAUUGUACCAAUUAAUAUUAGGCAUAAUUUACCGAUAGAAAGUUACUUAGUUUUUUUACGAAGCAUGCAUUACGCAUUACAAGUUUAGAAAAUAAAUUCCUUUAAAUAA